AUGAAUAAUAAUUAUCCUCAGAUAGCAGUUUUAGGUUGCGAUAGUCGUAAAGCUAAUUUGUAUUAUGAUAUUGAUAAACAUGUUUGGGUUGAACAUUUAAUUAGUUCAUGCGUACAUAACGAACAAAGUAUUCUUGAAUUUUGUCAACAAGCUUAUCCGUCGCUUCGUAUUGGUAAUAUUGUACGAUUAGAUACAGUAUUACGUUUUGAAAAUUGGUGUGAAUUAAUUUCACCCAUAGAUAAAAAUGGUGAUAAUAUUCAUCGAUGUAAACAAGGAAGUGGUACAGAAGAAGUUGUUCAACCAUUUCGUUGUUUAUAUAUGAAUUCGAAACGAGAAGAAAUAAGUUUACCAACAAUUGACUGUUCAAUAAAUAGUAUUAUUGGUUCAGGAGAAUGUUUACGUGCUGAAAAAUGGCAACAAUUAGCAUCUAUUGAAUGUGCAAAUAAAAGUAUGAAUUUAAAUAAUUCAAUAAUGACACUUGAUUGGUGUGGUUUAUCGGCAUUUCGUGGUAUUGAAUUUGUUUGUUGUCCAUCAAAAAAAUCAAAUGAUAUGGAUUAUGAAACAAGUCUUGAUGAACAAGAUGAUAAUCUUCUAGCAGAAGAUAAUCCUAUUCGUGAUUCACCACAACUAUCUCAUCGUCGAAUUAUAGCUAUGACACUUGCAUCACGUGAACCAAAUUGGAUGGAAGAUUAUCGUCGAUGGAAUACAGAUUCUGCAUAUUUUGCAGAUGAUGAAGAUACAAAUGAUUAUCCACCAUCAUCGGAAGAAAAUGAACGAUUUGCAAAAGAUAAAGAAGCAUUUAAACAAAAAUAUAAAGAACAAAUUGAUCAAUUAAAAAUUCGUUGGCAAACACGUCAAAAUGAAAUUCAAUUAUUAGCUAAACGUAAUGCAAGUGCAGCACAACAACAAUAUGAAAUGAGUGAUAUCGAAUUUCGACAAGCUUACGAAAUUUUAAAACAAUCAGCUAAUCGAGAACGUACACGUAUUAAUGAAUUACAUGAAAUACAUAUAGAUACAUCACUUAAUACAGCUAAAAUUGAAGCAAAUCAAAAAUUAAUAAAUGCAUGGAAUGAAAAAUCAUUAAAGACUGAAGAUGUUCAGCAAGCACUCUAUAAUUAUCUUCAAAUCUUAUUACGUGAUCGUAUAUAUCUUGUUAAUCGUUAUGAACGUUUACGUGCUGUUGAUCCUGAACAAGCCGACCGUAAACGAGUAUCAAUACAUGAACGAUUACGACUAAUUGUUGAUCGAAUCAAUGAUGCAUUAAAUCAACUUCGACGAUAUCCAAAUCUUCAAUUAAAAAUUCAACCAAGAAUAGAUACUCUUUUCACGGAAUAUGAUGAAGUUAAUCAAGCAGCUGAUAAAUUAUUAGUUGCCUAUGCAGCCACUUCAACAACUACAAUCACUACUUCAGCCACAACAACAACAAUAAAAACGACGACAAAGAGAAAUCGUCUAUUACUAUUCGGUCGUGAUGAAAAUAAAAUCUAUCCAUUUUCAAUAUCAUCAACAACAACAACAAAUUCUUAUGAUAAUGAUAAUGAAUAUGAUUAUGCUACUAAUGAUGAAUAUGAUGAAGAAGAUGAAGGAGAAGAUAAAACAUCUACAAGUACAAAAACUACGACUGAAACUGAUCCUAUUAAUUAUGAUCAAAUUGAAGCUAGUGAAAGUGAUUGGGAUACAAUUAAUGAUGAUACAGAAGCAACAUUUGAUCUUAAAAUUGAUGAUCAAAAUCAACAAGCAUUUAUUAAUGAGAAUGAUAUUCAUCCAAUAAUUCCAAUAAAACGUAUUAGAAAAAAUUUAUUUGUUACAUAUCUUCCAUAUAUAUUUGGAUGUUUAUUUAUCAUGAGUAUCAUUAUUGGUUUAAUAAUCUUUCGUUUUAUUAAAAGAAAUCGUUCAUAUGGACAUAAAUAUGAAAAAAAUUAUGUUUUUACAGAAGUUGAUUCCUGUACACCAGAAGAAAAAGCAUUACAUGCAUUACAAAUGAAUGGUUAUGAAAAUCCAACCUAUAAAUUUUUUGAAACUCAAUCACCAAAAUGUUAA